AGCGUCACCACGUUCACAUCGUCGUCGACGCCAGUUGCGGAGCUCGCAGCGGAGAGGAGAUUUGCGCGCAUAAUCAAACACAUCCAUCCAUAAUACAAAUACAGAAAUUGUUAUAUAAUUUCUGGCAAAAUUUAACUUGUGAAAUUUCAAGCCGUAAACGUACCCCCCUAACCAGUGCCAGUGCUUAAAAAACGAAACAAAAAUGCUUGAAACGGAGGUGCUGCAACAACCGAAACUCAAUGGUCCCAUGGCCAGCGGUGGCGACUACGAUUAUCCAUAUGUGUGCGGCCUCAGUGCCGACAUGAAGGUGGUGGCCAAGGAGGAGCUGCACGAGGACGAGAAUAUACGUCGCCAGGCGCUUGCCCAGUUCCGGGAGUGGAUCGACAAGCAUCCGCAUAUCAAGAAGUGCCGCACCGAUGCCGUCUUCCUGCUGCGCUUUUUGCGCACCAAAAAAUUCUCCGUGCCGUCGGCGUGCGAGAUGCUCGAACGUUACCUGACCAUUCGCCAGCUGUUUCCGCAGUGGUUCCAGCAUUUGGACAUCAAUGAUCCGGCCAUAAAUGAGAUAUUCGAGAAUGGUUAUCUGGUACCGCUGCCGCAACGUGAUGCCACCGGGCGUCAGGUGCUCUUCUCCGUGGCUGCCAAGUUUGAUCCCUAUAAGUUUACUUCUGUGCAAAUGGCGCGUGUGCACAGUCUUAUAUGCGAGGCCCUGCUGGACGAUGAGGAUUCACAGGUGGCUGGUUACGUGUACAUCAACGAUGAGAGUGGCAUGAAUAUGGGUUUUGUCAGCCUCUGGUCACUCACCGAUCUACGCAGCAUUGUCAAGUGCAUUCAGAACUCCACGCCCAUGCGGCACAAGGAGACACACUUUGUCAACAUUCCCCACUACGCCAAUAGAAUCAUUGAACUGGGCGUAUCCAUGCUUAGCGACAAGCUGAAGAAGCGUAUUAUUGUGCACAAAAAUGUCGAUGCUCUGUCCAAGUCAAAGAUCGAUCCUGCCAUUUUGCCCAAGGAAUAUGGCGGCACUGUGCCCAUGGCGGAGAUGAUUGCUCAGUUCAAACAGAAAUUGCUGCAGCGUCGUGCUGCCAUCCUCGCCCUGGACGACAUGCGCAUCGAGAUCACCAAGGAUGCGGCCAAUUUUGCGGGCAACGAUAUCGGUGACCUCGACGCCGGCGUCGUUGGUAGCUUUAGGAAGUUGGAAGUGGACUAGACACACCCCUAGACACCUGGACCCCCUCUGAUCGUAGGAUUAAGCUAGGAUUACGUCACAUUACCAUUGAGACAACUGACAAAUACGCGCGGGCAUGCACACUUUUCGUACCUAUUUAAAGCAUUAACACUUAAAUUAUAUUAUGUAACUGCAAACAAAAAAAAA